AAGCAGACAGGGCAAUGAUGUAUUAUGCGUCGCCUGUACAAAAGUCUAUGUAUGCAUGAACAUGGUAUGGAGAUGUGACAACCGCCUUGGCGUUGGUGACCAGUUCAACGGCAAUCUGGGUACUAUGAUGAUGAUUAUUGCCAUACAAAACAUCCAAUUAGGAAUGCUGAAACAUUCAAAACGAUCAGAAUCUGCACACAUUCAACAAAUAAGGGCAUUUGCUAUGAUUUGAUGAUGGCGUGUCAUCCCUGCAUCUUACUGCACUGACUGAGUGACUGGUGAGCCGGGGCCGGGGGCCGUAGUUCAGAGAUUUCUGCAAUGCUGCCGCCGACGUCCCGCGUCGCCGUCAUCAUAUCCGCCUCCCACCUCCUCACGGCAGACGCAUCCCUCCUCACCGCCGUCCUCCACCGCCGCUCUCGCAUUCUUCCGGGCCCUGCCGCAACCGCACCCCCUCGACGCCUCCCUCGCCCCGCACCCGCACCCGCGCCACCACCCCGCCGCCCACUCCCUCCGCUACCCGCUCCUCCUCCUCUCCUUCCUCGCCGUACGGGUCUUCGAACAGAUGCGCGCGCGGCCUUCCCCCCGUCCGCCGACGAGAACGCCUGCACUGGCCUCGCCACGGGCCACGGCCUGGCUGACGGCCACAGCGCCUAAAGUGUUCGACGAAAUGGCACGCGGCGGGAUCGGCAUGAACACGCACGUCUACAAUGCCAUGCUGCACAUGUGCCUCAGGGCCGGGCGUGCCGAUGCGCUGAUGACGAGGAUGGACGCGGCAGGCAUGUCCGCUGGACCGCUUCUCGUUCAACACCCUGAUCGUGCUCUACGUCAGGAAGGGGAUGCAGUACGAGGCGGGAGCGAAUGGCGAGGCGUGAAGCUAGAUGAAGCCAAAGAGGCUUUGUUUGAGAUGUUGGGUGCAGGUUUUUAACCCAAUUAUAGUGUUUUUGCAUGGAGCGUCGAUGGCUUGUUGGUGCUGAAGAUUGCAGGACAUGCUCCUGGCAUUUCCAUCUCAUAUGUUUGAACAUGUUCAGCAGGAGUAUAUCGAAUGCAUGGGAGCGACAGGAUAGUUCAGGUGGGGGAAAACACCAUGUUGUGAAAGGCAGACAGGAGGAUGACAUGCUCGAUGCUCCGGUUUCUCUCUGGGAUUAGCUUGAACUUUGAAGUAGAGUGAGUGUGUUUACUCAAUUGGUUUGUAUCUACAUUCUGAACUCAACAAUGCAACGAAUAGUCGAAUAAAAUUCAGAAUGUUGCUACACUA